UUUUUCAAAUCCCUUUUCUUGAAUAUAUCUUUUUCAUCACUCUCCGGCUAGAAACAAAAACAAAAAUGCCCUUAGAGGCUAUCGUAUACCCGCAAGAUCCAUUCGGAUACCUCUCCAACUGCAAAGAUUUUAUGAUGUUCCACGACUGCUUGUACCCUCAAGAAGAAGAAGUAGCUCAAGAUACGAAGCAUAACAUUGACAAGUCAGGGCAAGAACAGAGUUUUCAUGUACUGGAACAACAAGGUAAAGAGGAAGAUCGUCAAUGGCGAGACUAUCAUCAGUAUCCUUUAUUAAUCCCUUCAUUGGAAGAAGAGCUUGGUCUCCCCGCCAAUGAUGUGGAGAAUCAUCCCCCUCUACAGCAGCGGAGGAAGAGGAGGAGGACGAGAAACAGCAAGAACAAGGAAGAGAUCGAGAACCAAAGAAUGACUCAUAUAGCCGUCGAGAGAAAUCGUCGGAAACAGAUGAACGAGUACCUCGCCGUGCUCCGUUCUCUCAUGCCCUCGUCCUACGCUCAAAGGGGAGAUCAAGCGUCGAUAGUAGGAGGAGCUAUAAACUACGUGAAAGAGCUAGAGCAUAUCUUACAAUCUAUGGGGACUAAGAGAACCACGACCACGUCCACGACCCAUGAUGUAGAAGGAGCCACGACUAGCACUAGCUCGUUGGUGAGUCCCUUCUCAGAUUUCUUCAGCUUCCCUCAGUUUUCUACAAAGUCAUCAGAAGUUCCGGCAGAAAGCUCAUCUUCAUCGGCGGAUAUAGAGGUGACGGUGGCGGAAACCCACGCGAACAUCAAGAUAAUGGCGAAGAAGAAACCAAGGCAGCUUAUCAAACUCGUAGCUUCUUUACAAAGCUUAAAGCUCACUCUUCUUCAUCUCAAUGUUACCACUCACCACAACUCCAUUCUCUACUCCAUCAGCGUCAAGGUUGAAGAAGGAAGCCAACUGAAUACCGUGGACGACAUCGCAACAGCUUUAAAUCAAACCAUAAUGAGGAUUCAAGAAGAGUCAUAGUUUUUAGCAAAUAAUAGAUUAAUAUUCAUUAGUUUUUUUUUUAAUGUUUCCUUUCUCUUUAUAAAUAACUAAAACAAAAUUUCUAAUUCGUGUAUUUUUUUUUGUUUUUUCACUGUUUCUCUUAAUAUAAGUUGCAUUUUUGUCUC